AAUAACAAAUUAAUUGAUAAAAAACAAUUCAAACGUUUAGUGAAAAACUAUGUAUGAAUUGUUGAUAACAUUUAUAUCGCAAUUAUGUUAAAAACAUGUUUCAUGUGUUUAUAAYAAUUAGUUUUAAAUAUUUGUUAUUUUAACUAAAAUAUCGGCGAAAACAAUGCGAUUACAGACGUUAUAAACGGUGAAUGUCUUUGAAGGCCAUUAGUAGUAGUCAUCAGAGAUUAUCACCGAUUGUUUGGUCAACAGUUAGGAAGAGAUACAGACAGAAGGCGUGCUAUGAAAGAGGUCGAUGAUCUGACACAUCCCAAGACGAUCGGCGACAUCAAUGGCCGGACUCUCGAGUCGUACGAUAAACGGGAGUUCAUUUGUGGUCUGAUGGCCGCAAUGGUCAACAUUAACUUGACUUUUCCGAUAUCUAAAGUGAUAUUUCGGCAAAUGUUGUACGGCGUGCAGAUUCGGUCGGCCAUCGAUCAGCUACGUGUCGAAGGACUGCGUUAUCUGUAUCGCGGUAUUGGUCCGCCAUUGAUGGCGAGGUCGUGCUCGGCGUCCAUCAUGUUUGGCACGUUUGCUGAAUACCGUAAACUGUUGGAUACACAGUACGGCAAAGUACUGGUGCCCACCACUAACGCACGCUUUUGUUUGGCCGCAAUGAUGGCCGGAUCGACUGAAGCCUUAUUAACACCAUUUGAAAGGAUUCAGAUGUUAUUACAGGACAACAACUUUCACAAACAAUAUAAGAAUACUUUGGACGCCUUUCUUAAGCUAAGACAGUUCGGUCUUCACGAAUACUAUCGGGGAUUAACAGCAAUACUGUGCCGUAACGGACCGUCUAAUGUCUUAUUCUUUACACUUAGAGGUGAAGUCAAACAAUACCUACCAGUGAUCAACUCGUUUGAAGGCCACGUCUGGUACAGCCUAUUCAAAGAUUUUAUAUCCGGCGCGUGUGUCGGAGCACUCAUCUCAAGUAUCUUUUACCCGAUUAAUGUGAUCCGGACUCAAAUGCAAACUCGACCGCCCGGUAGUCCAUUUGUGUCUAUUGUGAGGGCCUUUCGGGAUGUAUAUCAUGAAAGGGAUCGAUCGAUACGUAAAAUGUUUUAUGGCGUUCACGUCAAUUACAGCCGUGCCUUCAUUUCCUGGGGUAUUAUCAAUGCCUCAUAYGAGGUGUUCCGUAAAUUGCUGUACAACUAAGUCAUAAACCCUUAAACCAAAUCCAUUACAAACCUCAGUGUCUCUCUCUCUCUCUU